AUGGCGCUCAACGGGUCCGCCCCCAUCGCGGACAUGGACAUUGACAUGGACCUUGAUCUGGGACCUGAGCCCGAACCCGUACCAAUACAGAUGCAGACGGAACAAAUACCGGCCUCGAACCUCGAUACCAUCAUUGAUCCCCUCACGGAGGAAGCGGUCUACGAAAAAGUCCACGUUCGCGGGGUCGACGAGAUGACUACAGACAAUAUUAAGCAAUUCGCCCGUGAAUGCUCUGGGCAGGAGCCAGUGCGCAUUGAAUGGAUCGAUGAUACCUCCGCCAAUAUCAUCUACUCUUCCACCGAAAUCGGCCUCCAAGCUCUGGCAGCUCUUACCCAAGCCACCGAAGAAGACGACAUGUCCUCUCUACCUCCUCUGCGUCUUCGGUCCGCGAAGCUAUUCUCAUCGCACCCAGACUCGGUUCUCCAAGUGCGAUCGGCAGUCAAGUCUGACCGCAAGCAAGCUCGCGCCCAUGAAAAGAGUCGUUUCUACCUCAUGCACCCGGAACACGAUCCUCGAGAACGUUUGCGACAAGAGUUCAAAGAGAGACGGCGCAGUGAAGAUGGAGGUGAUAAUGAUUAUAGCAGGCGCAGAUUUGAUGACCGCGAGCACCGCCGCCGCCGAGACCGUGAUGACAACGAUAAUUUCAGCGCCGAUAUGUACGGCGACAACGUGGGCGCAAGUGGCCCCGGAAGAGAUCGCCGAGGCCGCGGACAUAAUCAAAAGGAUCUUUUCCCCGACGAGGCAGACCGCGCGAGUGGCCGUCUCCGUAAUCGCAGUGCGUCCCCAGGACGAGAUACACUGGAAGAGGAGCUCCAGAGCAGGGGUGGUCGUGAUACAGGCAGACGAUUCCGCGAGAGGUCGCCGCGUUCAUCGCGCCGCAACGAAGGCAGGGAGCUUCUCGCAGGAAACAGCGAAAGCACGCCAGGAAAUCGGGAGCUUUUCCCAAACAAGACAACGGAUAGCUACAUCAAGAAGGAAUUGUUCCCGACCAAACCCAGCAACCACCGCCGGUCAGAUGCGUUUGACGCUUCGCGUGUGCCUGGAACAGCUGAACAUCAGCGUCACGGCAACGUCGACCUUUUCCCCAAGUCAGAUGAAGGCGCCCGCAUUCGUGGCGCGGCCGGUGAAGACCAGGGGUAUGCUAUCCGCGGCGGUGCAUCGCAAGGACUAUCAAUCAAGGGCAGGGGUGAAUCGGUGCGCGAGUUGUUCCCUUCCAAAUACGGGCAUGAUACCGGGAAUAAUGCCGGCAAGGAGCUGUUUUCUGAUACCUUGGAAGGACGUGGUGGUCCUCGGCGUCGAGCGGAAGAUAUGUUCAGCUAA